AUGACCUCUUCCCCCACCAGCCGCAACGCCGUCGACCUCCUCACCAGCCUAGCGGCCAUCAUCACCACCAUCGCGACCAACCUGCACGCCAACCGGCUCGACCGCGCGCGCCUCCGCGCCACCCUGAAGGAAUACGCCGCGCGCGCCGAGUCAGACGGCAAGCUGAUCAAUGCCUCGCGGCAGUCGCAGCGGUGCGUCGAGCACGGCCUGCUGCUCGCCUACGUGCACAUGGAGUUUAUUGCGAGCUUGCUGCGCUACAACCUGACCAUCCCCGCCACGGCCGUCAAGUGGUACAGUGUGCGCUCGCUGCUGCUCAAGCGCUACCGGCUCUCACUGUUCGGGGUCGCGGCGCAGGUGCGGGACCUGCGCGCGCAGCUGGAGAAUAUUCAGAAUAAGGCCGAGUUGCUGUAUGCGGAUUUCGCGGAGGGUGGGGUGGAAAUCCCCGAGACGCCGAUUCUCUAUCGCAAGGUGACGGCUUGUGAGCCGGUUGGGGCGCCGCCGGAAGGUAAGUUUUGUUUGUGUAUGCGUGUGUUUCGGGUGGACUUGCUGAUAUAG